GUGACUGUGAACAGGAGAAAUUAAUCAAUAUUUUCUUAGUAUUUGCAUGUUUUCUCUAAGUGUCCGCAGUAUUAAAAUGCUAGAAAUUCAAGAUAGGCAAAGUCAUCGAGCUUUAGCUAUUACAUCUAUUGCACAAGAAUCAAGUGCUUCUACGUCUGCCGAUUUGGCAGAAACUCAAGAGAGUUUGACUAUUGCUGAAACGCAUAGUCAACCAAGUGCAUCACUGGCUGAACAACACGUCAUUGUAACUCUUGCUGAAGAGCAUAAUCAACAAAUUGAUACACAUUCAGACUCGACGCAAAAAUCCUAG